CUCACAUCAUGCGAGUCAUUCUAGUCAUAAAUAUAUGUGUUAGUAUAGUGACAAUCGUGUUUGCUAGGCCCGAAGAAUCAAAGUUAGAAAAAGAAAUAAAUACUAUCGAAACAGAUGUCCCAGCACAACUAACUGAUAUAAAGGAAAUUUUGGGAGAUCAUCCAGAUGAUAUUAAUAGGAAGAAAAAAUCGACGGUGACUACCUUUUGUGUAGAGAUUAGACCAACAAACGAAAGAUCUUUUCAAGUAUGCGAACCCAGUGGCAAUAAAGAAGGCUACCAUAAUGCAGGUCCGUAUUAUCAAACAGGAGGAGGUUAUGAAAACCUGAAACCUCAAGAAGCAUUCAGCUCCGGUUCUUCAGUUCAAAGCAAGCCUGCUUAUUCAGCUCCUGUGAAAACUUUCGUGUCAUCUGGGUCGAAUAUAGUUGCAAAACCAGACUCUCCUUAUGGAUCUUUUAGAUCUACGAAACCAGAUUUAUUCGAAAAUGAAAAACCCGAUAGAGAUAAGUCAGAUGCAGCCCGUGUUAGAGCUUCCAAACAAGAAGAACCUUUUAGAUCUACAAAACCAGAUUUAUUCGAAAAUGAAGAACCCGAUAUAGAUAAGUCCGAACCAGCCCAUGUUAGAGCUUCCAAACAAGAAGAUAAUGAAAAAAACGUUAUUGAACCAACUAAGUUAACAAAUGAACCAGCCCCACAACAAGAAGAACAGAAACAUGUAUCCCCACAACAAGAAGAACAGAAACCUGUAGCCCCACAUCAAGAAGAACAGAAACCUGUAGAGAGAAAAACUAAGGAAUCCAUUGAAGAAGACGAAGAUGGUGAUGAUGAUAAAGUAAGUCCCUUUAUGCGAAUUGCUCAUCCAAACUACCGCUAUGGUUAUGGUCCCGGCUAUGGUCACAGUGGUUUAGUUAUUACUUGUCAACCAAACUUAGCUGGGUACGCACAUGGAGUACCUGGAGGGUACACAGAAAAAUACCAUCGUGGAGGAGGAACUGCUCCUUCAUAUAAUUAUAAAUCAGCUAGUGGAUACGGAAGACCAUAUCAGAACUACAAACCUCAGCCUCAACUAUACGGUAAUUAUAAACCUUACGCUACUAGGCCCAUUUAUAGACCCCCAGCUCAACAAUAUCAAACACCUGCUGCUUAUUACCCCCCAGCCCCUCAUAAGGAAUACAAACAUUAUGCUCCUAAGACGGAUUAUAAGCCUCCAGCUUAUUCUAUCAACUACGAUACUCCAUAUAGAGCAGCUGCAGAAGAAGAAAAUGAAAAUAUGGAUAGGUCUAUGCUAGACACACUAGACAAAGAAAGAUUAACAAUCAACAAAAUGGAAGAGGUUGCCGAGAAGAGAGGUUAUGGUAGUCGGUUUACUGAUGACAUACAAGCAGCCAAGAACGGAGAUGCAAGAGAUGCCGAUCAAGAGCUAAGGAAAGAAGAUGACGAAACUGUAGGCGAUGCUCCCGGUGGAUGGAGAAACGCUGAACUUCCAAAUCCUGAUGGUCGUUGGAGGAAUCCGGAUGAACCUAUGGAUUGGAGGGAAGCAUUUUCUGAUCAGGACAAUCCUGAGUUCGAGGAACAAAAUGUAGGAAAAGGAACGAUAGAUGGUAUGGGAGUGAGAGAAGGUAUGUCUAGAGAAAAUCAAAUUGAAGAUAAUUAAUAUUUUUUUAUAAGAAACUUUCGUAUUUUUAUAUAUUUGAAUUUUUUACA